CGAGCCAUACCUCUUGUGUUAGGGCACACUUUUAGCAAACAUAAUGCAAAACAAGUUGGCAGCUCGACUGUUGUGCUACGAACAAAUUCUGAAUAAAAGUUGGAGUGGUUUUAUAAACGAAAUCAACGAGGGGGAAGUAAAAUAUUAAGACGCAAGUCUCCCAAAUCGACACGGCAUGAGUUGGUUCGAGAAAGCCAAAACUGUUCUAAUUGAGGCGCUCGAUAUUCAAGACGAUGACAGCAAAUUGCCUGAUAACGUCAGCAGUGGGGCGACGGUGGCAGUAUCAUCAAACACUAAGGCGGCUUCCCCAACCGUGGAGGCUGAAAAGCGGUUAGCAACGGGCACACCAACGUUUUUCGACAAUCCACAUGCCAAUGAGAUGGUCACCACCCCUCCUAGAGCAAGUGAUGCUGGUGUGGCGUCAUCUGCAGCUACCACACCAGUGGCUUCCAAACUAAAUGUGAAUAGGCGGUCGGCCACGUCGGAUUCUGUUGAUUUGCUUUCGUCACCCUCACCGACUUCUCCGACAGCCGCCGAUGUUUGUUUACAGAAUUCAGAAUCAUCGCUAGAAUUAAUUACGGCCACGACGGCAAGCGAAAUAGAAAUGUCACCCGACACGGAAUCAUCGUUGCCCGACAGUAUCGUUAUUAUAGCCAGUAAUGAAACUUCUGAAAACGCUGAAGGUGAUGGCGAUGAUGAUGAUAAUCAAAGAGUCGGCUUCGAGCAGGACGAUCAAUCCCUGCACCUCAAUGAUUCGACCAAAACUAUGAAAGCUCUGGUAUUUAAUGAAACACAAGCUGCGGCCACAGUCACGGGUGCGGAUUCGGACUCGACACAGAGCUUUGAGGACAUACAGUUGCAGUUGAGCCAAAAGGGGAAAACUUCAAAUGAAACGCAAGCUAAAACUGAAGUGGUAGAUCAAAGUUACUCGUCCACCUCCUCAGACAUUGAAAUCAUUUCCAAUCCCAAUGGUGAUUCGAGUACGAACAGCACUACGACCCGUACAAGUCCACAAAAGUUCAAAGAACUGAGUGUUAAGGCGAGUUCGCAUAGUUCCAUUAUGGCGGGUCAAUUGAAGCCGAAAGGGCACCAUCGAGAGCCAUCGGAGAUAUCCCUGCUGUCCGAAGACUCUCAGUCAGAGUUAGACAAAUUAGUGAAUCGUAUUAGCGAGCUGAAUCAGGUGAUAGAAGCACGUGAACAGCGUUUGCUGCAAUCGGAGCGUCAGAACGCAGAGCUGCUGGAGCGCAAUCAGGAGCUUCGGGCAGCCGUUGAGGCAGUAAAUAAUAUUGCCAACAAUACUGAUGCUAACGAGGCCGUACAACGUUUGUCUGCAUUAGAGAAAAAAUUCCAAUCCAGCAUACGUGAGCGUGAUGCGUUGCGAAUUCAAAUCAAAUGUCUGAAAGAUGAGCUGCAAAAUAAAAUUCCCAAAGACGAGUUGGCCGAGUGCAAUGAAAUGAUUGCGGCACUCCAAUCCGAGGGAGAAAAGUUGUCCAAGGAGAUAUUACAACAAUCGAAUAUUAUCAAAAAGUUGCGGGCCAAAGAAAAAACAUCGGAUACGCUACUCAAGAAAAAUGGUGAGCAAAUUUCCCAGCUAUCCACCGAAGCGGAGCGCCUAAAAAAAUCACUAGCCGCAAAAGAGGAAAUGGAGCGCACCCAAAUCGAGGCUGUGUGCAAAAUGACAAAUGAGAAACGCCGUGUGGACGAGCAAAAUGCCGAAUGCCACAGUCGUAUCGAGGAUUUGCAAUCUAAGCUAGCAGCCCUUCAAACCAGUUUCGAUGGCGUCAAGGGCGAUUUACAAAAGCGCACACGUCUCGAACAGGAUCAGAUAAAGGCUGAAAACGAGGAGUAUAUGCAGCAGUUGAGCGAUUUGCGGGACAAAUUACGCAUCACGGAGCAGAGCAUGGCUAAGCGGGAGCAGCAGCUGCGCGAAGAGAAUCGUGAGUUGUUACGGCGGCUCGAAGCAGCUGAGAUGCGUGCCGAAAGUUCCACUCAGGAGCUAGGCAUGACGACCACACCACUAAUUAGACAAAUCGAGUCACUGCAGAAAACUCUUAAUCAGCGCACCGCAACCUGGAAUAAAGAUGAACAGGUUCUUCUACAAAAACUGGAGGACUCACAAGUGCAAUUACGGUCGUUGCAACAAUUAGAAUCGGUCCAAGAUGAAAAGCAUGAACUAUUACGUACUCGCUGCAAUCUAUUGGAGGAAAAGCUUUCCAACGCACUGAUGCAGGCAGAGACCGCAAAAAUCCAACUUCGGCAACAAGAGCUCGAUGCAGAUCUCAUGGAGACUGAGCACAAGAGACAAGUGAGUCAGCUGCAAAAGGAAUUGAAGGAGCGCCUUGAAAAAAUACAAGAGCUUGAGCAACAAUAUCUACAGCUGGAGGCCGAGCAGCAAAAAAUGAGUCAAUUUCGGAGCAGUGAUUUGACCGUGGAGGCAGUGAAGGCUAGCACUGAGCUCCAAGCGCAAACCAAGUCACACAUCCAUACAUCACGUGUCUCGCCGCCCAUGAGUCUAGCAGACGACAGUGGCUCUAAUGAGGAGGCGCUGGGCGGCAUUAUUGACUGGCAAGCGGAUGAUUUAGAUUGCAUUUCCAAUUCCGGCCGGCAACCAUCGGGCAUUAUUCAGGGCGUGCAUCUGAAUUUCUUAGCACCCAAUACGACCACACUCGAGCAUUUGCAGUCAUUGCUGAAGCAGCGUGAUGGCGAGCUGACUCAUUUGCAAUGGGAACUCUCUCGCCAGCAGGCCGAACGCGGUGUGCUUGAUGCACAAAUAUCUAAUUUAACUAUGGAAAUGGAAACUCUCAAAGAGAAACUGCAAUCAUACGAGUCCAUGGAAAAGUGUUACGAAGACCUUCAGCAUCGAUAUGAUGCCUUGCUGCAGAUGUACGGUGAAAAGGUGGAGCGCACCGAGGAAUUGGAAUUAGAUUUGGUGGAGCUGAAGCAGGCCUAUAAAUUGCAAAUUGAUGAACUUCUAGCGCAGCCACCGCCAAAUUUGCAAGGCACACCCAGGCACCACACAUGAUUUCAGGAUCGCAAAGUAUCAUUGCCAGAGUUGCCAUGCUUUAAAAGAUUCUAACAAAUCACACGAAGGCUUAGCUAACACUAUCCUGUGCAUUAUUAUGAUAUAUUUUAUUGAUUUGCUUUCGUUUAAGCUGCACUUAGUGAAGGCUAGCUUUCAAAGGAAGCCACUGGAUGAAUAUCUUGUUGUUUCUAACAUUUUAUUAAUCACAAUUAUGUUUAAUGCAUCCAUAUGAAAAUAGUCCUUUCAUAUGUUAAAAUUUUCUAGUUAUUAUAUUGAUCGAUUGUGAUAAUUUAAUUUAUACAUACUUAACAUACAUAAUUUACAAAUACAGAUAUGCUAAACAUGUA